AUGAGAUCUAAUAUUUUGAAAUUAUUACAACGGACAAGUAGGAGAUAUGUAUCCUCAAAGGAUUUUGAGCCUGUGAUAGGGUCUAAUCCUAAGAAACAAACAUCUAGACUAAUGGUCGGUUCUGUGGGUGUUAUGAUUCCAGUUCUACUUUAUUUGUUUUAUAAGAACGAUAGCAAACAUAGUGAAAUUAAAAAGAUAUACCAAAAUGAGAAAAAAAUUUAA